AUGCGCUCUCCAGCUUCCCUUGCCCUUUUGCUUCCGCUGGCAGUUUCUGCUGCGCCAACAAGCAGCAAUGCUAAUGCCGUUCUGCAAGAGCUGUUCUGCAAGGUCAAUGUUGUCGUCGUUUCUGCUCUCAAGAAGGACGCCGCAGCAACCUCGUACUGCUCGAGCUACCUGUCGAUACCGACGUUGACCUACACGGCAACGGCUACUUCGACCCCUGCCAGCGUCUACACCACGGUGCCAACCACCGUUACUGCCGAUGCCGUCACUGAUACUCUCACGACUACGUCUACCGUGACUACUGAUGUCACCACCACUGAGACAUCUACUGAGAUUGUCACCGAGACCACCACUCAGACUACCUCGACAGCCACCUUGACUUGUCUCAACAGUGCCUACACUGCUUCUACGCCCGUCGGUACUAUUCUAGAGAAGCGUAGUGCUGCCGCUACAAAGCCGACUUGCAUCCCCACGACUUGGGCCUCUGCCGUAGUGUCCACUGCCUGCUCGUGCUUGUCUAUCCCCACCCCUUCCACCACGACUACCGUCACCCAGACUCUGGUGCCCGGAACCAUUACCGUCACUUCCACUGACACCUUGACGCCCACUGUCACUGCCACCGAGACUGCCACAUCCACUGCUACAAACACACAGACCGAGACUGUCACCACCACCUCGACUACCACCCUGACUGCCUAUGCCGAGGCUACGACCAUUGCCAGCAACGGUAUUGCUUACCGCAAAUACACUCACUCCUACAAUGCCGACUCCAGCAGCAGCGGCUACACCUCGUCUGCCUUCAAGUCCCUGACCCCUGACUGGUCCGGUGUCCUGCAGUCCCUGACCUUUAACACCCCCAACUGGUCCGGCGGCUCGCAGUACCUGACCCUGUCGGACCACUCGGCCUUUUUGGCGACUCAGGCUGCGCUCCUGCUGCAGGGCUUCUUCAUUGCCAAGCAGACGGGCACAUACACCUUUUCCAGCUCCAAGGACUACAUUGACAACUGGGGCUACCUGUGGACCGGCGACGUGGCCUACAGCACCUGGAGCGACUCCAACACCAACUUCCAGGCCAGCCGCACCGGCGCCGGCUACUAUGGCGGCUCCUACAGCGUCACCCUUAAUGCCGGCGACGCUAUCCCCCUCGCCUGGCUCUGGGCCAACGGUGGCGGUGUCUCCCAGAGCUACUUUAAGCUCACUUCGCCCGAUGGCACCAGCACCACAGAUACCUCGGGCUUCUUUGUCCAGGCUUGCAGCUCCAGCGUUUUUGCAUAA